AGCGAGGUUGAUGCGGAAUUCGUAAUCAACGGUCGAGACCACUGCGACCUGGCUAGACCCGGCAAAAUAUUGGCCGCGAACCAGAAAGAAAGUAUAGGCAAGACGACGACGCGCAGCAUCGGGGCGAUGGAUCUCUGCCCAUUUCAGGAGGGCAAGUUCCAAAAUCCACGCUGGUCUCUAUCGCGAUUCGCCCAUCCCAGAUGGUCUCUGCAUUCCGCCAUCUCUCCAUAUCACCACAGCAUAUGUCAGAGCCUAGGAUACGCGAUAGCCCAAAUUUAUACCGUGCCAACAGGUCAGGUCAGAAUGAGGCUUGGGACGCAGGAAGUCCUGUCCAUACCGCUUCCUCUGGAAGCGGCAUUUCUCUCGCCUAUGAAGGUCUAUGUACACCAAGUCACCGACUUCUCCGACACGCUUGCAUUUCCGACGUAUGCGGGAUGCGUUUCGUUGGUGGUUUUCCUCCUCCAGCUGCUGUACAUGAGCUUGUGGAGAAAUCGGUCUGCUAGGAAGUCGGCUCCUGAAGACAGCUCAACGAAUAGCGCCGAUUCUGAUACAGUGUUUUCCGAAGAAGAAACUACCGAAGUCGAUACACAAUCACGUAUUGCGCGCCAUGACACUCCACAAGGGGGUUCGACUAUUUUUGCGUUCAACUUUGGCAAGCUGGUCGCAUGUGCAGUGUUGUUGACCUUGUCGCUCAUCUCUUGGGUUGUGAGCUUGUCUGAUGACGAGUCGUCGGCACUUGGUCUUUCGCAGACGUGGGUCUUAGGAGCCCUUUGUUUGACGCACGCAUAUGUCCUGAUCCUGUCAUUCGUCUCUCUCUUGGCCAAACCGGUGUGGGGUUCGAUUGCCUCUGGACAUGCCACACUUGUCCUACUCUGCACAUUGGCAGUAUAUUUAUAUCGCGAUGUGUGGCCAUACGCGACGUUCACACAAAAGCCGCUCGACACCUCCGAGGGUGUGAUGCUUUGGGUCAAGAUAGCCGAUCUGAUUGUUGCGGCGCUCAUCAUUCCUUUACUUACGCCGAGAGUCUACGAGCCAUUCGAUGCAAAGGUGAGAAUACCAAACAGUAUAAACCCAUGGCCCCACCCGCAUCCUGAGCAAACGGCGCCGAUCCUGUCGCUCAUGUUAUUCUCGUGGCUGGACAAGUUGGUGAUGAAAGCGUACCGCAUGCCGCAUCUUCCGGUCGACGAGCUUCCGCCCCUGGCCGAUACUGAUAGCGCGGGGAACCUGGUCAAGCGAGCGUUCAAGGUCCUUUCCCAGUUCGCUAGCCCAGUAGCGAUCAAGUAUCUGCUCGCAUAUGUCGAGAGUGGUGGUGCCGACGCCGAUGUGCGGCCUUGGGUCUGGAUUACAUGGCUGUUCAUCGGUCCAAUGGCAGGAGUGAUUAUCUCUUCACUAUACUACAUGGCUUCGAUGAGAGUGGCGGUGCAGCUGGAGGUUGUUGUCACCGAGCUCGUCUUCACCCACGCCCUUCGGAUCCGUAUGAAAGCCGAGACGUCGGAGGACGCACCCACCGCCCCUGUGACCCCCGAUAAUGCGUCAAUUGUGCGGUCGAGUGCAGCUCAGAGCGAGGAUGAGGCCACUGUUCGUGAGGAAGAGACAUUCGCGGAUUCGACUACUGCGAGCACUCAGUCAGCUAAGGCCAAGCAAAAGUCAAAAAGCACACCCGAGCAAGCGGUUGUGUUGACUCAGCCGACAGCAGGCGAAGAGAAGGACAGGGACAAGGGCAAAAGUCUUGUUGGUAAAAUCAACAAUUUGAUCACGAGUGAUCUCGCAAAUAUUACCAAAGGGGUUGAGUAUGCUCAGAUCUUCGUACGGAUUCCUGUUCAGCUUGUGUUGUGCGUCUGGUUCCUUUACACGAUCCUCGGAUGGAGCGCUACUCCCUGUUCCUGGAAUGCUUACGAAAAUGCUACACGGAACACAAACUACACGAUCGAAGAAGCCCUGGGUGUGAUCCGGAUGGUCAAGUUGUUCGGCUGGGAAUCGCACUUGAUGCGUCAGAUAUCGAAGAAGCGUGAAGACGAGCUAGCUUGGUUGAGGAAGAGCAGACUGUUGGACCUUCUCAACAGCGUGGUUGGCUACUUCAUUCCGUUGUUGACAAUGAUGAUCACGUAUUGGACCUAUAUGGAUCUAGCGUUUUCAAUGCUCACUGACCAGAUCCACAUGGCCUUCGGGCUGCUUCCGGCAUUCAUUAAAGGUAUUACGGAACUUUUGGACGACUUCUCUGAAUCUACCAGUCCCAAUCCUGAUGAGCGAAGAAUUCAUAGCCAUAGCGGUGCUACAAAUCCUGAUGUGAUUGGCUUCCGAGACGCGACGUUCACAUGGGCCAAUGAAGAGCAGGCACCUGAUGGACGUUCACGGCGGAGAUUCAUGCUACGCAUCGACAACGAGCUCACGUUCAAGCAGGGCUGUAUCAAUCUCAUUGUCGGCCCUACAGGCUCCGGGAAGACCUCGAUGCUGAUGGCCCUAUUGGGUAUGAUGGCUCCAGAAUCUCGGAUUGGGAAUGAGGAACUCAACAUGGUAAUUAGUCUUGCGUGGGCGAUGCUAUCUGAGCUUAUGCGCCGCAUCAGCAAAAUAUCCUGUUUGGUGCAACGUACGACGAAGCACGGUACAAUGAAGUGUGGAUUGAAACGAGACUUGGAGCUAUUCGACGCCGGUGAUAUGACGGAAGUUGGCGAGAGAGGAAUAACGCUCAGUGGAGGUCAAAAGGUGAUACAUCUGGAAGCUCCCGAGACGUCAGCUGCACGGGUUACUCUCGCGCGUGCGGUAUACUCGACCGCUGAUAUAUUAUUGCUUGAUGAUAUAUUGGCGGCUCUUGAUGUGCACACUGCUCGCUGGAUAGUUGAGAAAUGCUUGAAAGGCGACCUUAUCCAGGGUCGAACCGUGCUCUUGGUCACUCAUAAUGUCGCAAUGGCGAGCCCGGUGUCUCAGUUUGUUAUUGCUCUUGGAGUUGAUGGACGAGUCUCAAGUCAAGGAUCGCUCUCAAGCGCUCUGGCCCAUGACAAAACGCUCGCUGCUGAGAUGGAAAAAGACCGCCAAGCCGUCGAAAAGGUCGAAAUUGAUGCCAUUGCGGAAGACGUCGACGAGAGUGCCAAGAAGGCCAGUGGGAAAUUGAUUCUGGAGGAGGAGAUUGCUGAAGGCCACGUUGGCUGGCCAGCAAUGAAGCUGUACUUGGGGAACCUUGGAGGUCGACACCAAAUCCUCUUCUGGAUCGGUUGCUUGGGUGCUCUUUUCGUGGCCGAGUGCAUCGAAAAUUCCCAGGUGUGGUAUCUAGGUUAUUGGGCACGACAGUACGAGGAGCAUCCCGCAAAUGAGGUCAAGGUGUCAUUGUACCUGUUUGGGUACGCCACUCUACUGCUAGUGUCAUUGGCGUUUUACGCCUCGCACUACAUGGUGUACACAUUUGGGUCCAUCAGAGCCUCAAAAAUCAUCCAUAACUCCCUGUUCGCAUGCGUGCUUGUUGAUGGAGGAAUUACCGAAAUACUUGGCAUGCUCAUGAACUUAGGCGACGCAAUGAUCGUCAAGCUUGCCGCUGUGGUCCUCAUGUCUCCAUUCUUUUUGAUCCCCGGAGUAUUGAUUCUAGGAUUGGGGAGAUGGGUCGGCCAAGUGUAUAUGAAGGCACAGAUGUCUGUCAAGCGCGAGAAGAGCAUUGCGCAAGCCCCUGUUCUAGGUCUAUUCGGCGCUGCAUUCGUGGGCCUUGGUGCUCUUUUCUCAACUGCUCUUGCUGCGUAUCUCGUCUACAUCGACAAGGCCACCGCCUCGAAAAUAGGUUUCUCAUUGAAUAUGGCAGGUACCCUGGAGCGCAUCAAACAGUAUAUGGACAUAGAACAGGAACCUAAAUCUACUGACAGUGGAGUUCCUCCGGCAUAUUGGCCUUCAAGUGGAGAUCUGAAAGUCGAGAAUCUGUCAGCCCGAUACUCACCGAAAUGGCAGGAUGGUCCCCUUGUUUUACAAGACAUCUCAUUCGAAGUAAAGUCCGGGGAACGAGUGGGCAUCGUGGGACGCACUGGAAGUGGCAAGAGCUCCUUGACGUUGGCUCUCCUGCGGUGUAUAGUGACGGAAGGCAAGGUGUACUAUGACGGUCUUCCAACUGAUAACCUCAAUCUCGAGGCACUCCGCUCGCAUAUCACUAUCAUUCCUCAAAUGCCCGAGCUCCUCAGUGGAACGCUGCGUCAAAAUCUCGAUCCAUUUGAAGACUACGACGACGCGGUUCUCAACGAUGCACUUCGCUCGGCUGGAUUGUUCAUCCUGCAACAAGACAUGGACGAGGGCCGCAUAACACUGGAUACCCAAAUAUCCAGUGGCGGAAGCAACCUGUCGGUCGGCCAGAGGCAAAUUCUGGCGCUUGCUAGGGCCAUCGUGCGGCAGAGCAAGCUCCUGAUUCUGGAUGAAGAUUAUGACACCGAUGCCGUCAUCCAAGAAUCCUUGCGCAAGGAACUGGAGAACGGCGUCACAGUGCUGACGGUCGCACAUCGUCUCCAGACGAUCAUGGACGCAGACAAAAUCAUGGUGCUGGAUGCGGGCCGAAUCGUUGAAUAUGGCAAGCCCAGCGAACUUCUCAAGAACGAAAAUGGCCACCUUCAUGCAUUGGUGAAGGAGAGCGGAGAUGUGGAGAAGUUGUACGCUAUGGCUGCAGGAGCGGGGGCUUCUACCUAA